AUGUCGGCUGGUCUUCUCUUCGGUUCUCUCGUUGGCACAAUCAUAGUUUCUAUCAGUGGAACAAUGGCUGCUAGUGUUGCUUUUCUAAUUGCCAGAUACUUUGCUCGAGAGCGCAUCCUUAAGUUAGUUGAAGGCAAUAAAAAGUUCCUCGCCAUUGAUAAAGCGAUUGGUGAAAAUGGGUUUAGGGUUGUUACUCUCCUUCGGCUAAGCCCUCUGCUUCCUUUCUCUCUUGGCAAUUACCUGUAUGGGUUGACAUCUGUGAAGUUUGUGCCUUAUGUAUUUGCAAGCUGGUUGGGUAUGCUUCCAGGGUCUUGGGCUUAUGUCAGCGCUGGGGCUUUUGGACGAGCAAUCAUUCAAGAAGAAUCUAAUGUUGGCUUACCUGGGGGAAACGGCCAGCUUUUAACGCUCGGGUUGGGUCUUUUGGUUACUGCAUUGGCUGCAACAUAUGUGACACGCCUUGCAAAGGAUGCUAUAAAGGAUAUUGAUGAUGAGUAG